AUGGCUCCAGCAAGCACUUAUACGCAAGAAACAGCCGUGUUUGGCGACCCUCAUGUGCCAGACUUCGACCCCAAGGUUCACCUGGCUUUCCGGCCGCCUACCCAAAUCCACACCUUUCAGGAACUAGGGCUGCCGCAACCACAGAAUGCGCCUAAUCUCUGUUAUACGGACCCCUUCCCUCUCUUCUCUGAAGAAGGAGUGCGUAUUCUGCGCCGCGAGAUGCUCAGUAAACCAGUUCUCGACAAGUAUCUCAGAUCUUGGGAUCGUGCCCCUGCUUACAUCGCGGGUCACGAGAAGACAGCAAAGUUCACACUCCAGGCGUGGCAACAUCCCGCAACCCAGGCUGCUAUAGAGAAGGCAGCUGGGUUUGGGUUGCGUCUCUUGAAAAGAGAAGCCGAUUUAGGCCUGGUCAACAUUCAGCUUGGCCCAGAAGGCUUAGCCGGUGUCUACAAUCUCACAGAGACUCCUGCAACCCCACUAUCGCCCAGGGAAAUGCAGAAGUCUUCCUAUGAUGACAUACCAAUCGACUCUUGGCACAAAGACCAGGUCCCUGUUGUCUGCGUUGUCAUGCUCAGUGAUACGAGAGGUAUGGAAGGGGGUGAGACAGCUAUUAGAACUGGAAAUGGUUCCAUUGUUAAAGUCAAAAGCCCAACUAUCGGCGGGGCUGUUAUCAUGCAGGGUGGUUGCACAGAGCACGCUGCCUUGCGAGCCGUCAACGUGCCAGAGCGCAUAAGUAUGUACACCUCACUUCGAAGCGUGGAUCUUGCAAAUGACAAUCUUCCUGUCUUUUGUAAUGUCUUCCUGCAAGAAAAGCUCUUGCGCCUGCGAGGACGUGUUGACACUGUUUUGGCAACCCUGGCUGAGAAGGAGAAGAAUGGUGAGACUAUCGAGAGACAUGAGUUUGAGCAAUGGAUCAAGGAGCAAACAAAGUUUCUUCGGCACAGCGCAUGGGAGAUGUAUGAGCGAAUACCGCACUACUUGGGAAAGGACGUACCAGAAGACGUUUUCCAACAGUAUUUGAGAUAA